UGCUUGGAUUGGUUCAAUGUUGUUGAAACUUUGUGUGUUUUGGGGGUUUUAGUUUUGGGAGGGAACAUCAGCCCUUCAACUGAGAAUUUGAAAGACAUCCUUGGAUCCGUUGGAGCUAAAGUUGUUGAUGAUAAGAUUGAGAUGCUCCUAUCUGAGGUGAAGGGUAAAGACAUUACUGAACUUAUUGCAUCUGGAAGAGAGAAAUUGGCAUAUGUCCCUUCUAGUGGUGGUGGUUCUAUUGCAAUUGCAACAAUAGGUGGUGGCGACGGUGCUGCUGCUGCUGCUACUGCAGCAGAGCCAAAUAAAGAGGAAAAGGUGGAAGAGAAAGAGGAAUCAGACGAUGAUAUGGGCUUCAGUCUGUUUGAUUGAGAAAUUAGGAUA